AUGCCGGGUUGGCUUGGGUUUGGGGCUGUUAUUCCGUUUAUUGGGCCUGUGGAUGUGGUUGUUGUGGUGGUCUUUUGUGCAGGAAUUGAGGAGCAGGAGCGAGAGAUUAUUCUCAUAGCCUUCCUGUGCUAUCUCUUCUUUGUUCCCAUGGUUGGUGAAAUUCGCAGUGGGAUCUCGUUCCUGGAAACCGUCGGUCAGACUAUUGCGCUUAUUGACGAAGCGGGUAAUGUCGCUCUGGACAUUUAUGAUGUUGCCAACGACGAGGAUAACGCGCUUCCGGCUAUUUGCUGCUAA